AUAACUGGAAACGAAAACAAAAAAUGACAAGAGAAAUGACAUUUUACCAGUUAUGUCUGUGUUACAUCAAAGAAAACACAGAAGAAAUAUUAAUGUUUUAUCAAGAAAAAAACGUAAAUUUAACAGAUUUAUUUUGCAGACUUCCACCUGUUAUUUGCGAAGAUCUUAUAACACCGCCGAAUCAUCUUCCUCUAUUAAUGCAUUGCAUUUUCAGAAUUGGAAUAAAAAAAUUGGAUUUAUUAUUUUAUCGAAGAAAAUUGCCUGUCGAAGACAUACAAGAAGUCUGUAAGAGAAUUACCAUAGCACGUCUUACUUUUACAAACUUAUCCGAAAACGAUCUUCAGGUAUUAGCAAGACAUUUUCUAAAUAUCGUUCAGUUAAACCUGAGUCAUACCGAUACUUCGGAUAAUGUGUUAAAAACUAUCGGUGAAUCUUGCAAAUAUUUGAAAAUAUUGGACGUCUCGUCGUGUCCCAUUACAGAUAACGGUCUUUUAUUUCUCUGUUACGAUCUGAAAAAUAAAGUUCGAUGUUCGCAACUGGAGCGAAUAAAGGUAUUUGUUACGUCUGUCACAUGGAAAGGUCUUCUCAAUAUCUUAAUCAACCACAAUUUAAGAAGUUUCGAUGCUAUCACAAGUAAUUACUUUCACACUUUAAAUCAGUAUUGCAAAUAUUAUUCAGAUCGUAAUUUAUAUUUGGAAAAUCUGGAUGUAUUUCCGAUACGUGACGAGCCUCUUAACGUAUAUGAGUUACUGUUAUGCACACCGUAUUUGAAAAAGCUAUGCUUAUUUAAUGUCGAUAUAUCCGACGAAGAAUUUCUCAGUUUGCCAAGAUUUAGUCACUUGGAACAACUAUCGGUGUUUGUUCCAGAUUCGUGUCUGACUUUUGAAGUAGGAAUGGUGAAUUUUCUUUCCGUGUCUGGUAGAAAUCUAAAACGUUUGGAAUUAAAGCAUUUUAACUACGUGAAUGUUUACUUCAUCGGUAUGUAUUGCACCAGUUUGGAAGUGCUGAGCCUCUUCUCUACGCGUCAUCUACAUUUCAGAUCGCGAUGCUAUAACAACUUUGCCAAUUACAAAACUUUGAAGCAAUUGACCAUUGAUAUCUCGGAUGGACGACCGUGGGACGAUUUCUUUCAGUCAACAUUUCCCAAUUGUCCUUCUCUCCAAAAGCUGUGUAUAAAACGCAUCGAUGUGACAGAAGAUCUGUGUAAAGCAAUUCGCUUUUUACCCAAAACUUUAUCAGGAAUAACGUUAGCUAGCUGUAGAAAUAUUACAAAGGCUUUGAUUUAUCAGUUUAUCGAUAAUCUACCAAAUCUACGAAUUUUUUCUUUGCACCAGAGAAAAUAUUGGAUACCUCCUGGCGAUUUAGACGAAAUUCACAACUAUCUGAAUGCCAUUAAUUCGUCGCUGUGGUUUGAUUACUCCGGUCAUUUUCCUUUUGAAUAAGUUAAUACAAAAAUUUCGUGAAAAUAAAAUAUCUCAACUUGUUUAAAAUAUUGAUA